AUGGUUCUCGUACGAAAACGUCGAGGUGGUCGUCGUCAUAAGAAGCUCAAAGCCAUCGAUCCAUUCUAUUCCGGUGCACGAAAACUUCUUGUUGACAAAAAACUUGUCUCAGCUAAUCAAGCACCACGAAAAGGCGAAAAAGUCGAUAACAAAGUCUCUCAUCGUUUCCAGCAAUUUCUUGAAAACAAGCAACAUUCGGAAGAACUUCGAAAGACUUCCAAGAAAAAAAAUAAGAAUAAGUUCAAACAGGAACCUUCGCAAGAAGAAGCGCAGUUUCCCGAACUAGAACAGAAACCUCACGAGUCCGAUCGAAAUUAUUUGAAACGUUUAGAUGAAGAAGCAAAAUUUGCGCUAGAUCGUGCGCGAUACGAGUCGAAAUACGAUGUCAAAUUGGUGAACACAGACAAAAAUGAUCAUCAUCAAUUCGAAGUGAAAAAGGAGAAAAGCCAACGAGCUGAAAAACGAUUGAAACGGUUGCAAGCGAAGAAAGACGAUUUCAAACUGAAAAAAGAAGAGAAGAAAAUCAAAAAUGAUGAAUUUCAAUUAUUUCAAGAUAAACCUAAAUUUGGUGAAAUCGUUCACGAACCUCCGACAUUGACACUCCCGAGACGUUCGAAAGUGGAUCAAGCGAAAGCUGGCAUGAAAGAUUUGUUAUUAAAAGAAAAAUUACAAAAUCAUAAAUAA